GAGAGGAGCAAGCAACACGUGUUUAUUUUGUUUGUUUUUUUCAAUCAUUAGGUUUGCCGAAAACCUUAUGCGUCAUCAGAUCGCCAAUUGGAAUUUCAGUUAUUCUUAGAAAUAGAAAUCAUUUACAUUUAUAAUUAGUAUUCGAUUGCGAGUGUGUAAGAUUAUAAUUCUAAAUUUUAUUUCCGUUUUUAAGAGAUAUUUCUGAAGCAAUUCUGGAAUUUAUCUAGUCAGAUGAUGAAAUUAAGAUUAAUAUUGACUCAGACAUGUCGCCAAAGUAGCAAUAAGUACUCGUAACAUGGUAGUCAUAAAGUCAUGUCAUGAUCAAAGCUAGAUCCGCCCAGAAAGCAAGUAGCGCAAUUGGAUGCAAAUUUAAAGAAAGUCUAGUUCACUACUUUUUGAAUAUAAAAUGGCAAAUCCUGAAGCUGAAACCCAACAACAAACUACUGCUAGUCCAGAAAUGAAGAGUGAGUUUCUGGAAAAAGUGUCAGAACUCCCUGCUAUGAGUAGUGCUAUGGAAUAUGGCUCUGCUGUGUACAAUCAAGUGAAAGGAUUAAAUAGAUUUACUUCAGCUGCUCUUACUGCUGCUGAAUCAACAGCUCUUUAUCUUGCUGUAACUGCUAAACCAUUUUUGGAAAAAGUGCAACCACAAGCUAAAGUCAUUGAUCAACUUGCUUGCAAAGGUUUAGUUGCCAUGGAAGAAAAAGUUCCAUUUCUUACGAUGCCUCCAGAACAACUUGUUGAAGAAACAAGGAAAAUAACUUCUUCUACUCUUGACUUUGCUAAUCAAAAAGUGGAUGAUAUAAAAACCUAUGGCACUGAAACUUUAAAUAAUGUUAAAAGCUAUGGUGUAGAAACUGCUUCUAAAGUUUUGAACCAAACUGAAAACUUGGUUGAUGCCUAUUUACCUCCAGCUUUUGGUGAAGGAUCUCCUGAAGCUUCAACUCAAAGUUCCUCUAUGUAUGAUCGGGCUUCUAAACUAACCAGCAAAAUUGGAUUACGUUUGUAUGGUCAUGGUGUGGAGCGUGUUAUGGUUGUCCAUCGUGUUUCAGAGGAAUAUGCUUCAAAACUGUCUUACAUUCUUGAACUUGUUAAUCAGCUAAAACAAAAUGUGGCCAAUAAAUCUGUACAGGAAGUUGUUGAUGAAGCCAAAUUGAAAGCAACUUGGGUUUGGGAUGAACUGAACAAAGAACCAUCUGCAUCUGACGAAGCUGAAAAGAGUCUUGAACAAAGAGCACUUUCUCUGGCCCGUAGAACAACUUCAGUUCUUGUACAUGUUUACACUACAUCAACUUUACCUCUAGCUUCCCUUCCCUCAACCUAUCAGGAUGGUGUUCAAACUGCUCAAAGAUAUGCCACGGAACUUUUCACCCAACUUGAUCAGGCUACUAAUGCUGGUGAAAUAACAAUAAAUUUGUUACAAACAGUUCGACAAAAAGUUGCUUCAUUGGAAGAAGUUAUUCAAAGUUUGAAAUCCCAAGAAAUUGAAAUGGAGGAAAUGAAUCAAGAAAAUGUUGCUAAGGGUCAUGAAGCAGAAGAUAAAACUUCUUAAACAUAAAAGUGAACAUGUAUAGUUAGUGUUAAAUGUUUCAAUAUUUUAAAGAAAUUUUCUAUUGUAUUUUUAUAAUAAUAAAAUGUUUUUGUAUUGUA